AUGAGCGAACAGGCGCUGGGCAGGCUCUUCGCCCGUGCCCUCCAGCUCCACCCCCGCAACCCCGGACUCUGGAUCAAGGCGGCGAGCUGGGAGUUUUUCGACGGCGGCAACACCUCGUCCGCCCGCUCCCUCAUGCAGAGGGGGCUGCGCAUCAACCCGGGCGCCCGGAACCUCUGGCUCCAGUACUUCCGCCUUGAGUUCUCCUACGUGGAGAAGCUCAUGGGCAGGAGGGAGAUCCUCGGGCUGGAAGCGGAACGGGGCGGGGCCGGUGACAACGGGCAGGGGAACGAUGAUGAUGAUGAUGGCGGGCGGCGAGGCAUGGACAUCCCGGAGCUCGAGGCUGAAGCGGGACAGAGCGGGGGUCCCAGCUUCAAGGCCGUGAGGAAAGCGGCGGGAGCGGAAGGAGCGCUGGGGGGCGACGACGGCGCGCGCCCGGCGCCGGUGAUGAACGACACGGCCCGGCGGUUCUACAAGGGGGCCGUCCCGAUGGCCGUGUUUCGGGCUGCCGUCAAGGCCGUCCCCGCGGACGUUGGGUUCCGAGCGGGGUUCCUGCGGUGCUGCGCGGAAGACUUUCCGGUGCUGUCGUCCGAGGCAGCACAGUCAAUCCUGACCUCCAUGGAGAGAGACUUUCCCGAUAGCUGCGAGGCGUGGGAGGUGCGUGCGUCGUACCCGCAGCUCGCGGCGGAGGCGGCGGCGGCCGGUCGCGAUGCCGGUCGGUUAGGGUCCGCCGUCGUGCAGGAGAGCUUGGACACGUUCGAGCUCGCCGUUGAGGCGGUCGGGGCGUCGCAGCCGGACAUGUGGGUACGCUACGCGUCGUUCUUGCGGGGGAGGCUCGAGGCCUGCGAGGGGGCCAAAGGAAGGAAGAGAGGCGGCGGCGCAGUCGACGGGGGCAAAGGCGGUGAGAUGGUUGGGGCUUCGGCACCGGCCGCCGCCGCGGCCGCCGCUCUCGCGGCUCGUCUCCGGGAGGUGCUAGCGCGUUCGGUGGAGAUCCACCUCGCCGGCGGCGCCGCACCGAACGAUCCGCCGCGGCGUUCCACCACCGCCAUCACCGCGGCAAUCGCAGCCCGCAAGGAGAGAGGAGGCGCGUCGCUGCUCGCGACAAGGGGGGUCUCGGCCCCCGCCGAGGGGCUCGAGGCACCGAGUCGGCGCCGGGAGGAGGACUCCCGAGAGGCCCUGUCCGCGGGGCUGGCGGACGUGUGCCUGGCGCUGGGCGAGCCCGAGGAGGCUUUGGCGGCGCUCCGCGCCGCGACAGGGGUGCUGCCCCGGCGGCCGGGACCCUGGCUCCGCCGCGCGGCUCUGGAGCGGCGGCUCGCGGCCUUGGGCGGCGACCCCGGGCAAGCCGGGCGGCCAGCCAGCGGUGGAAAGAAGCCCAGCCUUGGAGGUAGCAGCAGCAGUGCUGGCGCUGCCGGUGCCGACGUGGCCGCGGCGACCCUGCGGGCGGGGAUAAAGGCCGUCUCGCCGGCGGCCCCGGGGUAUCCCGACCUGUGGCGGGAGUUGCUCGCGUCUCUGGUGGCCUCGGGGGCUGGGCACAGCAAAAAGGGAAAAACUGCGGUGGCAGCGGCGUUCCGGGAGGCCGUUGAGGCAUGCGGGGGAGGCUCCGCAGGGAACAACGCGCAGGGGGAGUUUUUGGCCGGGUACGUCCGCUGGAGCGCGGCCGUGGAGGGUCCCGACGCCGCCCGCCGGGCUCUGCAGUGGGCAAGGCGUUCCUUCUUGCUCACGGGGACCGGGGCGGCGGCGGCGUACGGCGAGGCAAUCGAGCUGGAGAGGGCGCUGGGAGAGGAGGCGGGGGAGGAAGGGACAAGGGCGAAGCGCGUGCGGGAACUAUUUGAGGAUUCAGUGGACAAGUUCGGCCGGGAGUUGCCUGCCAUCUGGGAGGAGUACGCGCAGUUCGAGAUUCAGGAGGGGAAUGUGAAGAGAGCGAACGCUGUGCGUUGGAGAUCCCAACAGCAGCAGACGGAUAGCGGUCGAGCCGGGGGGGUCACGUCUAGCACGGGCAGAAAGAAACAGCGUUGGGGUUAGGGUAGACAUGGAAGGACACCAUCCGCGAUGAG